CUAUCACAAGGCGGCCGGCAAGCGACACGAGAUCUUUAACUGAUAUAAAAGUACCGCAGCGUUGUGAGAAAAAUUCAAAAAGCGAGUUGUGAUCGGCAAAUCGAGUGGUUAGAUCAGCGCGUUGUUAAAAACUUUAAAUUUCGAAUCGCAAAAAUGAAGUAUUUCGUGGUGUUCCUGUUCAUCUGUGGCUUGGCCACUUCAUACGCUCAACUGGAAGAAGUCGUAAAAAAGGCUCAGAAAAUAGCUGGUGACUGUAAAGAGGAAGUUGGUGCCACUGAUGCGGAUGUUGAAGCAAUGUUCAAACAUGAACCAGCCGGAAAUGACAAAGCCAAAUGCCUUAACGCUUGUGUUUUGAAAAAUUUUGGUUUUUUGGAUGCUGAUAAUAAACUGGUUAAGGAUGUGGGUGUAGAUUUUCUAAAGAGUAUCUCCGGUGGCGAUGCCGCCUAUGAAAAGCUGGGCACUGAGAUUUUGGAUGCCUGCAAGGAUACACCAGCCGGUGGCAACAACUGCGAAACCAGUGAAGCCCUGCGUACCUGCCUCAUUGAAAAAUCGCAAGAAAAGGGUUUUUGCGAUUUGGAGAAGUUCAAAGCCGUAGCUGAAGAAUGCAAGGAAGAAGUUGGCGCCACAGACGAGGACGUUGAAACUAUGAUCAAUCAUGAGCCAGCUGGUACACCGGAGGCAAAAUGCUUACACGCAUGCGCCAUGAAAAAAUUCGGCUUGAUGAAUGACGAUGGCAAACUCGACAAGGAAAGGGCCAUAGAAAUUUUGAAAAUUAUAAAAAGCGAUGAUGAGGAGCAACAGAACUUGGGCGUGGAAAUUGUGGAUGCUUGUGCGGAUAUCGACGUAAAUGAAGAUCAUUGUGAGGCGGCUGAGGAAUAUCGCACUUGCAUGCACGCGAAAGCUGCUGAAAAUGGUUUUACCUUGGGACGCGUUUGAAUUUUUUAAAUAAAUUACUGAACCCUCUUCAAAAUACUUGACGACGACCUUGGCUUUAAAAUUAUUUUUAAUUAAGUAAAAAGCAUUUUGUAAAUUUGGCUGUUCCUCUGUACUCUCU